CCAGCCCCAGCCCAGAUCGUCCCGACUCUCUCCCUACGCCGGGGCAGCAAGCCGCAGCCGCCGCCGCCCGGAGAGAAGGUGGAGGAAGAAAUCCAGCCCCUAGCACGCGCGCACCAUCCAUCAUGGACCAUUAUGAUUCCCAGCAAACCAAUGACUACAUGCAGCCCGAAGAGGACUGGGAUCGAGACCUGCUCCUGGACCCAGCGUGGGAGAAGCAGCAGAGAAAGACGUUUACAGCAUGGUGCAACUCCCACCUCCGGAAGGCAGGAACACAGAUUGAGAACAUCGAGGAGGACUUCCGGGACGGCCUGAAGCUGAUGCUACUGCUGGAGGUCAUCUCAGGUGAACGUUUGGCCAAGCCGGAGAGAGGCAAAAUGAGGGUGCACAAGAUCUCCAAUGUCAACAAGGCCCUGGACUUCAUAGCCAGCAAGGGGGUCAAGCUGGUGUCCAUAGGAGCUGAAGAAAUCGUGGAUGGGAAUGUGAAAAUGACCCUGGGCAUGAUCUGGACCAUCAUCCUCCGCUUUGCCAUCCAGGACAUCUCCGUGGAAGAGACUUCGGCGAAGGAAGGGCUUCUCUUGUGGUGUCAGAGAAAGACAGCCCCUUACAAGAACGUCAACAUCCAGAACUUCCACAUAAGCUGGAAGGACGGCCUUGGCUUCUGUGCCUUGAUCCACCGACACCGGCCAGAGCUGAUCGACUACGGGAAGCUGCGGAAGGACGACCCGCUAACAAACCUAAACACAGCUUUUGAUGUGGCAGAGAAGUACCUGGACAUUCCCAAGAUGUUGGAUGCGGAAGACAUCGUCGGAACCGCCCGCCCGGAUGAGAAAGCCAUCAUGACUUACGUGUCCAGCUUCUACCACGCCUUCUCUGGAGCCCAGAAGGCCGAGACAGCAGCCAAUCGCAUCUGCAAGGUGCUGGCCGUCAACCAGGAGAACGAGCAGCUCAUGGAGGACUACGAGAAGCUGGCCAGUGAUGUGGGUACCCCUGGGUUCUCCUGGUCUGGCCCCGGCAAGGCCUUGCCACCCUGUCCUGAGAGGCCAGGCAGCCCCCAGAACCCAUCCAUUCCUCCAAAUCCAUCCCUGGGCACAGUCCCAGACUGGGCAUUGCCCCUCGUCCCAGCUGCUGACCGAGGGCGGCUUGGGCUCUCCCAGAAAUCAGGGGUAGUGGGUGGGUUAGGGGCCAGUCGGGACUUUGGAGAGCUGAGUUCCAGGCUUUUUCUGUCACCUCUCUACUCUUGUUUCCCCUUGCGGAGCAAGGAGGACAUCAACAACGCCUGGGGCUGCCUGGAGCAGGCGGAGAAGGGCUAUGAGGAGUGGUUGCUGAAUGAGAUCCGGAGGCUGGAGCGGCUCGACCACCUGGCAGAAAAGUUCCGGCAGAAAGCCUCCAUCCACGAGGCCUGGACGGAUGGCAAAGAGGCCAUGCUGCGGCAGAAGGAUUACGAGACAGCUACCCUCUCGGAGAUCAAGGCCCUGCUCAAGAAGCACGAGGCCUUCGAGAGUGACCUGGCCGCCCACCAGGACCGCGUGGAGCAGAUUGCCGCCAUUGCCCAGGAGCUCAAUGAGCUGGACUAUUACGACUCACCCAGUGUCAACGCCCGGUGCCAAAAGAUCUGUGACCAGUGGGACAAUCUAGGGGCCCUAACCCAGAAGCGGAGGGAAGCUCUGGAGCGCACGGAGAAGCUGCUGGAGACCAUUGACCAGCUGUACCUGGAGUACGCCAAGCGGGCCGCGCCCUUCAACAACUGGAUGGAGGGGGCCAUGGAGGACCUGCAGGACACCUUCAUCGUGCACACCAUCGAGGAGAUCCAGGGACUGACCACAGCCCAUGAGCAGUUCAAGGCCACCCUCCCCGAUGCUGACAAGGAGCGCCUGGCCAUCCUGGGCAUCCACAACGAGGUGUCCAAGAUUGUCCAGACCUACCACGUCAACAUGGCAGGCACCAACCCCUACACAACCAUCACGCCUCAGGAGAUCAAUGGCAAAUGGGACCAUGUGCGGCAGCUGGUGCCACGGAGGGACCAGGCCCUGACGGAGGAGCACACCCGCCAGCAGCACAACGAAAGGCUACGCAAACAGUUUGGGGCCCAGGCCAACGUCAUCGGGCCCUGGAUUCAGACCAAGAUGGAGGAGAUCGGAAGGAUCUCCAUUGAGAUGCAUGGGACCCUGGAGGACCAGCUCAACCACCUGCGGCAAUAUGAGAAGAGCAUCGUCAACUACAAGCCUAAGAUCGACCAGCUGGAGGGCGACCACCAGCUCAUCCAGGAGGCGCUCAUCUUCGACAACAAGCACACCAACUACACCAUGGAGCACAUCCGUGUGGGCUGGGAGCAGCUCCUUACCACCAUCGCCAGGACCAUCAACGAGGUGGAGAACCAGAUCCUGACCAGGGACGCCAAGGGCAUCAGCCAGGAGCAGAUGAAUGAGUUCCGGGCCUCCUUCAACCACUUUGACCGGGAUCACUCCGGCACGCUGGGUCCCGAGGAGUUCAAAGCCUGCCUCAUCAGCUUGGGUUAUGAUAUUGGCAACGACCCCCAGAAGAAGACAGGCAUGAUGGACACGGAUGAUUUCCGCGCCUGCCUUAUCUCCAUGGGUUACAACAUGGGAGAGGCAGAGUUUGCCCGCAUCAUGAGCAUCGUGGACCCCAACCGCCUGGGGGUGGUGACGUUCCAGGCCUUCAUCGACUUUAUGUCUCGUGAGACAGCUGAUACAGAUACAGCAGACCAAGUCAUGGCUUCCUUCAAGAUCCUGGCCGGGGAUAAGAACUACAUCACGGUGGACGAGCUGCGCAGAGAGCUGCCGCCUGACCAGGCCGAGUACUGCAUCGCGCGAAUGGCCCCCUACACCGGCCCCGACGCUGUGCCCGGUGCUCUGGACUACAUGUCCUUCUCCACGGCGCUGUACGGCGAGAGUGACCUCUAACCCGCCCCGGCCGGCCCGCACCCUCGCCCCGCCCCGUCCGCUGUGCGAGCCCCGCCCUGCGCCUCCGCUCUGCCCCUUCUCCCGCCCGGGUUUGGUUUCACGCUCUGCCUCCAGUGGGCGAGCUGGGACCUGUGUGGCAUCCAGGCUCCCUGCCCGUGAAGUGACAGUUUACAAAAUUAUUUUCUGCAAAAAAGAAAAAAAAGUUACGUUAAAAAAAAAGUAAAAAAAAAAAACAAAAAAAACCACAUAUUUUAUUAUACAAAAAGUAUUUUUUUCUCCACCAGACUUAAAUGGAAAAGAGGAAGAAUUAACUAUUUGCACCGAAAUGUUUUGUUUUGUUGUGACAUAGGAGAAUAACCAAGCACAAUGUUAUAUCCAUCCUUUUUAUCGAUUUUUUUUUCUUUCUAUCUGUACCAUCUGCUGUAUUCAUUUCUCCAAUCUCGUGUCCACCUUGACGGGGGAGUGGGAGGUGAGGGUAGGGGACAAUCCUGUCAAAAGGCACAUUGGUGCAUGUGUGUUUGCAAGCUCACUUGUCCAUGAAAAUAUUUUAUGAUAUUAAAGAAAAUCUUUUGAAAUGGC